AUGAGGGGACAAUCGCGGGACGCAGGCAACGCGAAGAGGCGAGGCGCGGAAGCGAGAGGGCGGGAAGUUGGUCGGCUUUCUCCGGGCCGCUUUGCUGGAAGGACGGAGAUGCGGGAAGACAGCGAGCGUCCUGUGGAGAGAGAAGGCGAGAGGCAGAGUCGAAAACUGGCCGGAUCUGGAGAACGGAAAAUCUUCGACGUCCGGCGCACGUCCCCCGCAGACCGUCAGGCCUUCGCAGCUGCAUGCGCAGCCCGCGGCCUCCCGGCUGUCGAGACACUCCAGAGUGUGAACCUCCGAGCAGCCUUUCAGCGUUUGUACCGGAGCGACGCCUCGUCCUUCUUCUCCUUUCUCGUCAACCAACUGGAAGGCGCUUCGCCGCAUGCGCCUCCCAUCGCGGGGCCUUUCUCCCAGGCGCAUGUGGACCGCGGCGCGCCGUCCGAGAGCUCGCGCGACGCUUCACUGCAUCCUCGAACAGCGGUCGCUGCGCUGUCUUGCCUCGCGACCUACGCCCACUUGGACCAGUGCGAGGUGAGGCUCGUGCACGUGCCGUCUCCUCUUUCGCCCCUCGCGCCGGGUGCGCAGGUGGAGAGAGACGCCGCAACCUCAGCUGGGCCCGAGGCGGGAAACGUGGCAAGCAGCGGAAACGGGAAAAACAGGGCGCAGGAAGAGCGGAAACCGGCCGGGGAGGUGGGGACCGCAGUGGAGGCAGCGGAGGGUGCAGGGGCGAGCUGGGAGAACAAGGGUCGAAACGAGGUGGGCAGAGAAGGUGGAGAAGCCGAGGGAAGCGAAGAAGGGACACCUGAGCGAGAGGGACUGUGGCCAGGGCGCGACCGCGGAGACCAGGAGACAACGCAGGCGUUGCCGGCUUUGGAGACGAGAACGGACGCAACGGAGGCAGACCGCGUGGAACGUGGCCGAGAAGACUUCUUCUUUCAACUCACAGGAAGUGGUCCGCCGUGCACGCGCGGCACGAAGGAGCGUCUCUCUCUGCAGCUCAUCGAGCGUCUGAUGGAAAUCGCUGGGAGCAACCUGAAGAGCCUUCAGGCGUCGGACCUGACCUCUCUGCUCUUCGCUCUGGUUUCUCUCUCGCGUUCGCUUUCUUUCCCGCCUUCUUCGUUGCCCUUUUCCCCGUUUUCCGCCCCCCUCGCCUCCGCGGCUUUCGGUGCAUUUCCGCCGAACCCACCCGCGCGCCUGUUGCGGUUCUCCCGCCGAAUCCGCAGUCUGCUCGUUCGGCUGCUUGCCCGCCUCGCUGCAGUCGCCGCGGAUUUGGAUUCUCACGAACUCCUUCGAUCUUCUCUGCUGCUCCUCGCCCCCCUCGCGCGGGUGUCCCCGUCUGCCCCGCGUCCCUGGUGGGCCCACGCGGGCGCCGUGGAGAUGCCCGCCGUUGGGCUCGGGAAGCCCGGGCGGCAGCGCUGGGGCUCGGGCCUGUCGCCCAAGCCGGGCCGGCUCGGGCCCUUCGCCCCCGGCGGAGACACCGGAAGGGCCAAGGGGCCAGCACGCCGCUCGCGCAUGCACGAGGUGGUCUUUUUUCCGGGUUUCUCGCGCGAUGACUCUUCUCUGUCUCGGGACGCAGGUGGGCAUCCGGCCCCAGCUUCGUUCGUAGGAGAUUCCCCCCAACGCCGAGACGGAGAUAGCAGCAGUCCUGCCGGGGCGCCGACUCUCAGCGAUGUCGGUACACCCUCUAGACAGCCAGGAAACUCUCCUGGAGCAGCCGCGCCCGAGAUCGAGAGUCUGAUUUUGCUUCUUCAGCAGACGUUUCCGUCGUCGACCUCACCGGACGUUUUCACCGCCAGCGCCACGUACCUCGCGGAAGCGCUCGACAUCGCCGCAUGCAGAUUUGAAGGGGCGAGCCACGCUGCGUUUGGGCUCGCGAGCCCCAGCGUCUCUGUGUGCCACGGCCAGGCGCAGCGGAGCGGGGCAGCGUCUCUCUCGCGUGGGUCUUCACGUUCGGCGCCGCAGGAGACUCUCCGUGAAGCAGGCUUUGUGGAGCGAGAACAAGACAGCCAGGAGCGGGAGGAGGUGCGAGAGGCGAGGGCAGAGGCGGCGCUGGAGGUGCGAGGAACGGAAGCGUCUGGAAGGAAGGACGAGUGGGGAAAGGAGGAGGACGACCGGGGAGUGUCGGGUCUCUCCCAGGCCGCACUGGGAGUCACAGGGAGAGGUUGGAACGGCGAAGAGGAGGCAGGAGAACGGAGGAAAGAGGCUGGAGAAGAGCGACGAGUGUGGCGAGAAGACGUUGGAGAAGACAGCGAGUCGCGGGUGGAGUUGAUUCAGUCCAAGGUGACUCAAGCCUCAGAUGCGGACCUGGCCCAUGCCGCUCGGCGACUGCUCGAGGCUUGGGACGCGUGGCUGCCUCUUCUCCAAGCUGUCGGCGACUCCCCUGACCUCGCGGCUUCGUCGCCUGCUUCGCUUUCGCGUUUGGUCAACAUAGCGCUCCACCACCAGCGCUUGCUGCUCCUGGUACUCUCUGAGGAACGACGCCGGCGAGAGGGGGAGCUCGCAGAGACGCAUGCGCCGCUAGGCGACUCCAGCCGCUCAGAGGAGAUUCCCGAAAGUCUGGUGGGCAGCAGAGAACACAACGAAGACCGGGAAAGCGACGGAAACAAAGAAAACGAAGAAGACGAGGGCGACAGCGAGGCAAAUCCAGGGAAACGCUCGACUGCCACCUUGCGAGUGAGCGCUCCCCCGUUGGGUCAGGAGCCGGAAACUCCGAGUGGAGAGAAGGAUUUUGCUUGUGCGUCUCCUUCUUCUGCGUCUUCCACGUCGGCCGCACCGCCGCAGCUCGCAGCUUCUGUCGCCUUGUGGAGGCUGUGUGAGUCUCAGACGAUGAAGAGUUUGUCUUUCCUCCUUCUUCUGAUUGCUCGCAUGGACCGCCGUCGCACGCAGGCCUUGAGUCACUUUGCAGCUCUGCGGGAUGCAGCGGAGGCCUUCUUUUACGGGCCGUGGCAGGAGAGGGGCGACGGCGAGCGCGACGGGCAGAGACCGCUGGAGCGGGCGGGUCGGUGGGGAGUUUUUCCGGCUCAUGGCAAUUCGCAUGCAGUGGCGAGCCGCCUGCUGCGCGCGGUCGGGCCUCCGCAGAAAGCCACGCGCGACCGCUGGGGCCUGUCCGUGCCCGAGGGCGCGCGCCGCGAGAGUGGGGUGGCGAGAAGGGAGAGGGAAGUGCGCGAGUCGGAUCUCGACGAGUCGGAUCUCGACGAGUCGGAAGUGAAGCACCUUUGGUUGCUCUUUUCGGCUGUCGACACGGCGUCAGCCGCUGCAGAUUCGAGAGACGUUCAGAGAGAAAACACGCUGUUGUAUCGAACUGCGCUUGCAGGGAGCACACGGCGACACAAAGCCCCGGGCCGAUCGGACGCAGACCACAGCGAAGCGGCCGCAGAGAGCGGAGCGAGCGAAGGUCGACUCGAAGAAGCCGUUCGAAAAGCUGAACUGUUUUGUUUCAUGGCAUCACUAAACGAAGGCGGAAAACGCAACCUGGCGUUGCAGCGCCUGGAGACCGAGCUUCUCGAACUGGUCUUCUCCGCGUCGCCGUCCUCUCGGCUCUCGCUCCGGCCGCGGGACGAGCCCAGCCGCCCCACGCAGGCCGCGUCGGCGUCCGCGCUCGAAGGCGGAGAUCCAAAUCCACCUGCGGGCGCGUUCUCCUUCUCGCUCCUCCAGCGUCUCCUUGUGAGUGCCGACCGCGUCGACAGUCCGCAGCUGCUGCUGCUGGUGCUCGGCGAGAUGACGGCGCGGCUCCAGGCGGCAGCCGCGGCGGGCCACGACGCGGAGGGCGAUGCAGCGGCAAGAGACAGGCGCGAAGACGAGCGAAACGACGACGCUCGCAAGGCCGGGGGGACGGAGGGGCGUGGCGGGGCGGGGAGCGCCGCGCGAGGCGCAGGACGAGGAGAUCAUCUACGGGACGAAAAAGGAAAAGGCGAAAGCGGAAACAAACACGCUCAGCUGAUAGGAAAGGCGCUCACCUUUCUCUUUCGAUGGAUGGGCGGUGCACAGCGCAACGGCGCCCUGGCGGCCCUGAGGGACACUCGAAAAGAUGGCGAAGGUGAAGACGCGCUGCUGCCGGCGGGCAAGGACCCCACGGAGAAAGGCAGUCCCCUUCGCCAGCGCAGGCUUCUCGUGGAGGCAGAGAAAGACGUUCCCCUGAGCUUUCCUGAAGGCAGGAAGCUUCCCUCUUCUCUGGAAGAAACGCGAGCGCUGCGCGCUUUGAGCGACAAUGCGAUUCUCGACUUUGCACUCGCCGCCACGCACUGGGCGACGCAAACCAAAUUCGCAGGCUUCUCACCCACAGACCUCGCCCUUCUCACGCAUGCGCUGGUGCCCUUAUGGCGGGCGAUGCCUCUCGCCACUGCUGGGGGCCCGUCGGGUGCGCACGCGGUGUCUCCGCGGCCGUUGGCGGCUCGGUCGGGCCCAGACCGCCUGACCGAAGAAGAGGCAGAAAGCGCGUGCCAGGGGGGCGGCGGACGAAAGCGAGGAACAGCUGGACGCGAAGCGGGAGGCGCCCGCGAGGAUGCGCGAGGAUCCGGUCAAAGGGCCCGCGCUGAAGAACUCAUCGAGGUAGGAGAAACAGCCGUGGGUGGGAGGACAACGCAGUGGAGUGGUUCUUCUUUGCACGGGUGCGGGGCGAGAUCUCGCGCUGCACAGAUGCGGGAAGACUUUGCCUUUUCGGACCAAGAACAAAGGGGCGAGUUUCGUGGGCGUGAAUGGGCGCGGUGCGUUUAUCCUCAAGCUCCAGUUCCACACGCGAUGUUUCAACCUCUGAUUUUUGUCUGCGCUCAGGGAUACUUUGCGGCCCUCACCGAGGUGACGUGCUCCCAUUUGCCUGGCCUGCGGUCGCUCGCGUUGUCGACGGGGUGCUCGCCUUCGCGUCCGUCCUCGCCGACUCUCUCUCUUCUCGCCUGGAAACCGCCUCUCCUCUGUCUCCUGCUUCACUGUCUUAUUCGGAUGACCCCACAGCUGACUCCGUCCCCUGGGAGAACCUCGGCUUCGUGUGAGCCGUCUGUCUCCGCUGUCUCUUCCGCCUUGUCGACGUCGCCUCCUGGCCCCGCUACCACGGCUGCCGGAAGGGGGCUAGACGCGUGGGAAGGCCUGUGCGAGUCCCACAGACGUCUGCUUUCUUCGUCGUCGCGCUCCGCAUCGUUCGCGGCCUCUUUCGCCCCCUCGCCGCUGCCUGCAUCUUCUGGAAACGCUUCGUCGCUGUCUGCCGACUCGCUCGUCGCCACGUCCCCGUGGGCCUGCGUGCUCCUGCCUGCCGUCGCAGAGGCGCUCAGCGCCCUCGUCCUCUUCCCGCGAUCAGUCGUUCACGCCGCGGAGGCGAGCGCGUCUGCGUUGAAGGCCCUCGAGGGCAUCAUGCGGAACGGCUCGCCAGAUCUGCAAGCCUCAGAAACUGACGCUAGCUGCGCCGAGCCUGGCAAAGGCCCGAGCGUAGAGGCUGCACUGGCAAUGAGGAACGGCCGCGAGAACGCAGGCGAGGGCGCCGACAGCGAACUCAGGACAAAGGCCCAUUUUCACAGCGCGCAUGAGAGAAAGAAAGAACCUGCGCAAGCUGCAGGUGGGAGGGAGGCCACUUGGUCAUCUGUCUCUGGUGCGGCGUCCUCUGUGUCUCCGUCGUCCGCUCCUCAGGCGGGUGGAGGACUGCACUCCGAGACCGAAUCCGGGCCAGAUUUGUCGUUCCAAGCGGGAACGCCGGGAGCGCGAGGCGCAAGCGAGAGAGGAACCGACCGCGACACGAUAGGGACCGCCCCCGGGGGGGAGGUGGCGCCGCUCCCUGUGGCAUCCAACAACGGCGAUGCGGUUCCCUGCUUCCUCUGUUCCCUCCGGAAGGCCUCGGCGUCGGCGUCGUUCGGCGGCGCGGCUUCGUCUCCGGAUCGGCUUCUGGAUGACGCAGUGACGGCGACGCGACUACCUCUCUCGCUUUCGUCGUCCUUGUUCUCUCUCUCGCUGUUGCCAUACCUCGCAGACCGUCUGGCGUCGCAGCUGGCCGCCAAGAACCUGAGCCGGCCUGUGCGUGCGCGCCUCGCAGAGCUGCUAAAGUCUUCGUCGUUUCCUUUCUCGCGGCCGAAACUGUUCAUCAGCCGUCUCGAGUUUCGCGAGCUCGGCUCCGUCCUCUGGGGCCUGGACAAGGUCUGCGUGCACAACAUGCGCGACGCCCAGAUCCGUGGGGCAGCUCUGGCGAGGCCCGCGGAAGGCCUGGCAAACCAGGAAGGGGCUCGCACCGGGCGUGCGUCAGAGAUCCUCCCCUCUCGAGACUUCACCUCGCCCCACACGGCGUCUCCUGCGCCUGCUUCCGCGGCUUCCUUCUUGUGGGGGAACGUGCACGGGACCUUGUGGGAGGGCGGAGGCGAGAAGGAGCGCGUCGCGCGCGAGCAGGAGAUGGCGGAUCGUCAGCACACGCAGGCUCGCGAAAGACACUUUCUGCCUUGGGGCGCAACCCUCGCCCUGGACACGCUGCGGAGACCCGGCGGUUUCUGCCACAAACUCGCGCUGUACUUUUCGGCCUCUCUGCGGUACGAGGAACGGCGCCUCCUCCUCGCGUACGCAGCGUCGCCGCUCUCGCAGGUCCGGCCCAGCCCUCGCGGCGGGGCAAAGACCGGAGCAGAGGAGACACAUGGAGACAGGAGAGACAGCUGCCAGGAAGAGGGACAGGAAGAGGGAAAUGUUGUGGUAGAAGACAGCGUGGACGCCCUCGCGAACUACCUCGUUGCGGAGCGCCGGCGGCCAACUGGCGGGGCCUUCAUUCGCUUUGUCAGAUGGAGGGAGGGCGACGAAGGACAGGGCGGGGCGACUCCACGCAGGGGAGACGGGGAGGAAGCCGCGCUGAAGGGGCUGACGGCGGAGGAACGAACGGAAGGUCGAGAAGAUGGAGGCGGCCUCGGCCCGUCCGGUGCCCAACGCCGCCAAUCGGAACAGGGGGAGGCGGAAGAUGGUCAGGCGACGGCAGGCGAUGGGAGGGAUACUGGGGUCUUGACGCCGCAACUGCAGAAGGCGGAAGACGGGGUCAAAGGCGACAGUUCUUUCCAGAUCGGAAAAGACGAAAGAGAGGAGAAGAGACUGCGAAAGCGAUAUGAAGACGUCGUUUUCUGCCGUCCGUUCAGAGGCGUCAUCGAGGCGCGAGAUCUCCCCCUCAGCGACUCCUGGCUCUCUCCUCCAGGCGUGACUCUCAGCCUCCUUGUCAACUCGCACGUAACCCACCUCACGUGCGGCCUCGUCGACCUCGUAGCCGCGACAGUGGAGUGUCCUCUCCAUCUCCUCGACCUCGAGCCCGUUCAGCUCCAGCACACUUUGCAGCCGAUUGCACUUCUUGUGAAGCCCCACGGCAAGAAGUCUCCUCCGUAUGUUGCCUCAGUUUCCGCCGCGUCUCGGCCUGCUGCCUCGCCUGUCGCUUCCGCUGUCUCUGCGGGAAGUCCCCCGUGGACAGUUGUCCCUACAGCGGCGUUCCUCCGGGCCGCAACGCUCGCGCUUCUCCGUCAAAGUGAAAAGCUUCUUUCUUCCUUCACUUCGCUUUUCCCGCGGGAACCCGCCGGGGCUCGAGGCGGGGUGCGUGCGCCAGGUAGCAGAACCGAAGGCGAAGACGAAGCUGACGGGGACGAGAAAGAGACGGACGCGCAGGGAGUGUUGCACUCGCCCUUGGUAAAGCGGCUGUCGCUUCAGUUUUCGUCGCUUCUCUACAGUGCGCGAGCUCUCGCAGUUCUUCUCGACGCACAUUGCAGUUACUGGGCGAGGAAGGGCGACGCGCAAAAGAAAGCAGAGAAGAAACCAGAAGGCGAAGGCCAACGCGCCGACGCCGAGCAAGAGCAGGGAACGGCAGAGCUCGAGGGGGAGAGGGGUGGACCACGAGGACCAAAGCCGGGGUCAAAGGUGUCGCCUCCCUCACCGUCUCUCCCGCGAUUCGAUGUCUUCACAGUGUUCCCCCAGUCGUUCGAGAGGGAACUGCAGGCCUUCCUUUCGCUCCUGAGUUCUCUUCUCGUUACGCCGCCUCUGAUGGCGUCGGUUUCGUCGUCUCUCGCCCUCCUCACCGCAUGCGCAGAGGUGUGGGGGACGCUGGGGCAGAGGGUGGCUCUGCAGCCCAAGACGAGAGAGGCCUUGCAAGCUCUCGCGCCGUCCGCAGUUCGGUUUCUUCUCGACCACGGCGAAGGGGACGACGCGACCGAAGGCAGGGACAGGCGCCGAGAGACACACCGUAAGGUUCGAAGCCGAGGAGCGAGCGUGCGAGGCAGUGGAGACGAUGCGGGGGGCGAUGUGCGCCACUCCAAGCGACGCCGAGAAGCCGUGGAGGCUUUUGGACGGCGCGUGCGUGCAGGCGAGGGCGGGUGUAGCGAGAGAGAAGCUGAGGGGAGAGAAGAAGAGGACGCAGCGUACUCGGCCGACGAGGCGAGAAGGCGAGGUGGUGGGUGGGGGCGGGCAGUCCCUUCGUGGGCAGAAGCAAAAGACAAGCACGGCUUUGCGCUUCAGGGUACCCAUGGGCGACUGCACGGAGGUCCCCUCCGAGGAGACACGGCGGGGACAUUCUACCGAGGAGCCGUGAACAUGAAGAAGAAAGUCGAGGCGCGAGAUCGCGAAGAAGCGAGUCUCCAGCAUCUGUCGGCGGCUCUUCAAAGCCUGCGAGAAGUCACAUCGCUUUCCUCAGACCUCCCCAAGAAGUGA